AUGAACGGCCGUAAUUUAUUAGCAUUUAGUGCGUUCAUUUGCGCCCUUCUUCAUCUGGCAAUUUCAGCCGAUAUUUACGCUUGUGAUAACCAAGUUUUCUGUCAAGGAAAGAUUCUUCACGAGGUUCAAAUGGCAAAAAUAUUUGCUGACGCAAAGACCUUCGUCGAUAUGAGAAUGAAGCAUGACAUCACGGACAUUACAAGAAAUUUCACUGCUUUGGGACUCAAACCAUCCAAGGAAAAAAUCCGGAAAUUUGUGGCAGAUAACUUCAGCCCAGCCGGAGAAGAUCUCGACCCGUUUGACCCUGAAGAUUUGGUAGAAAAGCCUAAACGUUUGAAAAAGAUCCGUGACGAGAAAUUGCGCAAAUUUGCGUUCGCUUUGAAUGCACUUUGGAAGAAACUCGGCAGAAAUAUCACGCACGAGGCACGUGUACAAAGUGAGCGAUCCUCUCUGAUAAUCGUCCCAAGCCCCUUCAUAGUUCCCGGUGGAAGAUUUCGUGAAUAUUACUAUUGGGACUCGUACUGGAUAUUACAUGGAAUACUGACGUGCGGAAUGCACGAAACUGCUAAAGGAAUGAUAAUGAAUUACCUCGAUCUGGUGCGUCGCUUUGGUUUCGUACCAAAUGGUGGUAGAAUUUACUACUUGAACAGGAGUCAGCCACCGUUCCUCAUCCAGAUGGUGGAUCUCUACUACAGCUAUACCAAAGAUCUUGAUUUUGUGCGCAAGAAUUUGAAAAUUCUUGAAAAGGAGUAUGAGUUCUGGGAAAAGCAUCGUACUGUUUCAUUGAAUGUAUCAGGGGUGCAGCACAGUUUUGCAAUAUACAAUGCUAACAUGACCACGCCUAGACCAGAGUCGUACUGGAAUGACUAUGAAGUUGGAGAGAAAUUAACCAAACAGCGCAUGAAAUGGAGGUUCUACCAGGCUGUUGCAUCUGCUGCUGAGAGUGGAUGGGACUUCUCUAGUCGUUGGUUUGACCAAUCAGAUGACGAGAUUGGAAAAUUUGAGUCUAUUCAUACCAUGAAAAUAAUUCCAGUUGAUCUUAAUUCAAUAUUAUACAAAAAUGCUGUGACUCUCUCAAAGUUUUCUGGUUUGACUGGAGACCAAUCAAAGAGCAAAAAAUACCAGCAAUUGGCCAAUCGAAGAUGGAGUGCAAUUGAGGCUCUCCUUUGGAAUGAGGCUGCUGGGGCAUGGGCUGACUAUGAUGUCACAGUGAAGAGCAAUACUAAAGCAUUUUAUGCAUCUGUCGUUGUUCCACUCUGGGCUGGUCUUGCCCAAGAAAAUGCCACUCGUCAGGAGCUUGUAUUUCAAAGUAUGAAACGUGCAAAGGUAUUGGAUUUUCCAGGUGGGUUUCCGACAUCAUUGAAUCUGUCAGGACAGCAAUGGGAUUACCCCAAUGCUUGGCCACCUCUGCAACAUAUGUUGAUCAUUGGCCUGGCAAACUGCAGUUCAAUGGUACUUCAAAAUGAGGCGAAGAAAUUGGCACAGUCUUGGGUUCUAGGAAACUGGAAGGGAUACGAACGUACCAAAUAUAUGUUUGAGAAAUAUAAUGUGACAUCCCAAGGAAACACAGGACGUGGGGGUGAAUACAAGCCGCAGGUGGGAUUUGGGUGGACAAAUGGGGUUAUAUUGGAUUUACUGGUGAGGUUUCCUGAUAUCAAAAUUGCAAACAACGGAAUAAAAUUUGAUGUGGCAAUGUUCCUGUUUUGGGGCUUAGUCACAGCUCCACUUUUAUUAAACUACCUAUAAUUGCUUAAACUAGUUUAUAG